GAGUGUGCGAGGGACAAAGAGAAAAAGUCCAGGAGCUAACUUCUAGCAAGGGGAAAUGGCUCGUUCAAGCGUCCCAGCGUCUUCUUUUCGCGUCAGUCGGCCGGGGAGAAAGAGACCAACGAUUGCAGCCUGCUUCCCAGCCCAGCGGCUAUCUUCUGAUGUGGAAGAAUCGACUUCUUUUGCUACCUCGUCUUCUGCCCCGUCUUCUGCACCGUUCCCAAGCCUUCCUCGCUCCGUUACUAGCCACCACAGAGAAGUGGAUACCGCUGCACACAAUAAAAUCUCGUCCCCAGCCGAUGGUGGCUCGGUUGAACCGUCACAAGAGGACGAGUCAAGUUUGUUAGAAAGUUCGUGUGUCUCUUCUGUUCCUGAAGAUUCAACUGCAGAUACCUCAUUGGGUCUCAUGAAUGAGACAAGCAGCGAGAUAAAAAGUCAUCGAUUUGAAACCAGUUGUGAAACUGAAACCACAAAUAAACUCGGACAUUCUCUGCUAGAAUCACAUGAAGCUGCUACGACACACGACAGCUCUGCUUCUCCAACAGUUCCAGCUGCUAACAGUUUCCCUUUGUCUGCAUUCAGAAGUCCCGUGUUCUUCCCAAUACUCCGGAGAUAUCUCCCACUCACGGUUUCAAGACUACGGCGAUGCGAUGAUGAGUCAGUGGCUGAAGUAAGUCGUAAAACUCCCCGGGACUGGUUAGACGAACCAGAUGAUGUAACCAAUCUUUCUCUCCCGCUUGAAACUGAUGGCAGCUGUGGAUUUUCAAAAACUGAACCUCACACUCCCUUAAAAAUCUGCAGUAGAGAUUGUAGCUCAUCUGAAGCCAUGGAUGUUGAAGCUGUGUUACUUGCUGAACGCUCACUCUCUACUCAUUCGCCACCACCUGCCACGUCUCUGGCGACUAACCACUUACCAGAGGAACAAUCUCCAGGGACACCACCAAAAAAGCACAAGAAAGCAGCACGCAGCGCAUUUGAAAGUACUGCAGAGAGUGUCGAUAAAGCAGAGGCCACAAAGAGACCCAGUCCUAAUGCUUUUGUUUCCCUGCGGGUUAGUUCUCCCUCCAUUCGCUGCGGACUUGAAGAGGUUCAAACUGCAAUGGUAGAGAAAGACAAAGCUGUGAAGUCAGUUCUCACGUCUCUCGAUAAACUCCACGUCACGCUGAGUGUUAUCCGACUAGAGAACAAGGAAGAAGAGGGGAGGGCAGGACUGGCUCUUCUGGAAGCAACGCGAGAAAUCAACCUGAAACUGUGUCUUCACAAGCAGCCACUGCUGCUCACCACCUCAGGUCUGGGCAGUUUUGGGGAGAUGGUUGUCUUUGCUGAAAUUGUGGAAAAAGAAGAACUCCAAAAAAUUGCAGAUAUAGUUCGUGCUGUCUUUGAAACACACGGAUUUCAAGACACGGUAGAAAAGAUUUCAGUCCACACCUAACUAUAGCCAAGAUGUCGAGGAGCCAGAGAGGGAGGGGGAGAGGCGGAAGGAGGGGACGGAGAAGAGGGAGGAGGGGGCAUUAAAAGGUAUUUGCGAAGAUCUUUACGCUGAAUUCAAGGACAGAGAAUUUGGAGUUGAGAGGGUUACAGCCAUCGAGCUCUUAUCUAUGACACACCCCCCAGCCCAGGAUCAGUAUUACCACUGUUUUCAGCAGUUUUCUUUUGAGGAAAUAGGGACACUUAACGAGACAAGAGCCAGUUGUUCAUUAGAACAAGAGAACUAAAAUUCUGUACUGUCGAAGGAAACUUGUAUUGCGCAUGCGCAAUAUUGCACAAGCGGAGAUCGACCGCGUGGUGCGAAUAAAGUGGGAUCCGCCAUUUUGUUUCUUCCUUUUGCACGCGUGUGGCCGUUGAUGUUGCGGAGAGAGGAUGCCGCUCGCCACAGACUUGCUGCAUCCUAGCGCCGACGAUGAGAGAAGAAAGCACAAGCUGAAACGACUGGUGCAGUCCCCAAACUCCUAUUUCAUGGACGUGAAAUGCCCAGGCUGCUAUAAGAUCACUACAGUCUUCAGUCAUGCCCAGACGGUAGUACUCUGCGUCAGUUGUUCCACGGUUCUGUGUCAGCCGACUGGCGGUAGAGCAAGACUCACCGAAGGUUGCUCCUUUAGACGGAAACCAAACUAAGUCUCCUCUUUGAUUUCCUGUCUGCGUGACUCCUACCUGUCAUUCAGACUAGAUCUGUGAAAAUCCCUACAUGCUUGUACCAUCGUGCAUUUUUGAAAAUAGUACCGUGUAAUUAUAAAAUCUAUAUUUGUAAAAACGUGAUAAAUGUUGAGGUAAUCAUCAAUAGUACACCGAUUAAUGUGUGCUUU